AUGGCAACUUUGGAUGAGAAUAACCCUUCUAAACAAACUCAUAGACAUUGGUCCAUCGAGAAUGAGAUAAAGCUAUUCAGCUUAUUGUGCGAUUAUAAGCCCGCUGGUAAAAACAAACAACACAAUAUUAAAAUCAUUAUCAACAAUAUUAAUGAAUCUUUAGACUCUAAGGAGGAACCCUUCAGCGAAUAUGACGUGUGGAAUAAAUUGAGGUCUUUAUAUGAUCUAGAAAAGAUUGACCAGAUUGAGGAAUUACUGACUGAGAACACCAGUACAGAAGAAACCACAAACCAAGUGCUGUCUGGAUCUGCAAAUAUCACGAAGGACACCAAGAACGCUAAAACUACUUUGGAUGCAAAAGAGCCAAUUCAAGAUAAGAAAGAAAUGGAUAAAGAGAAAUCAGAAUCGUCAUCAUUGUCUACCCCUGAACCACCACAAAGAAGAACUAGAAGUGCCAGAGAUACAACAAAAUCGAAACGUAACUUGCGUGAUACACCUAAAGAGAAGUCACAAUACAAUGAUGAAGAAAUAACUCUGGGUGGUGCUGAAAAAUCGAAAGUGGAAGUGAGUAGUACAAGUGAUCAUACAGAUGAUCAAUCGCCAACGCCAGGAAGUACAAAAAAGGGUCUAGAUGAGCAGACAAACGACGAUAUGAGUGAUAUUGAAGAUGUAGACAAAGAUAAGGGGGAUGAGACAAUUGCUAAAAUUAAGAAAGAAAACACUUCUGAGCAAGAAGAAGAUAAAAACAAAAAGCAGACAGAAGAAGAGGCAGAAGAAGAGGAAGAAGAAGGUGAUCAUGUUAGCGGAGAUGAAAGGGAAAGCAAAAAUAAGGACACUAGUGAAGAUGAGGAUGGUGAAGAUAAUGAAGAUCAAGAUGAAGAUGAUGUUGAAGUAAUUGAGGACAGCCAUACUGAUAAAGAAAAUGAAUCUAGUUCAGAAGAAUCAUCACCUGAACCAAUGACUAAACGAACGAGACAAAGAACAAGGUCCACCCAUGAAAAAACAGAACACACGUCACCUAAUAUCAAAAAGAGAACAAGACAGAGUGUCAAAUUUGACGACAAGCCUGCAGAGCCCUCCGAUACAGGUUCUAGAAAAAGACGAGCUCCGCCAGGAUCAGUAUCUCCUCCACAUCCUCCUAAAACACGAAGACGUACAAGAUCAGUAACCCAUGAAAUAGAGGAAGAGGAUGCUUCGACACAGAGUGCUGAUGAUGCUGAGCCAGAAAUAAUCAAGGUAGAAACGAGACAUACAACAAGAAGGUCCAGUCGUAUACUGAUGGAACCCUCAUCAUCAACACCAAACGUCAGAGUAAGACGCAGUAGUCGUAAAAGAUGA